AUGCAGCACCUCGUCAAGUUCGUAUUCGUGGUUUCAAUAAUUUCUCUCCUCGUUACCUCCGCAGCUGCUCGAAGAAGCGGCGGUGGAAGCAAAGGAGGUGGAGGUGGUGGUGGAUCAAGCGGUGGUAGCGGAAGCGGAGGCAAAGGAGUCGGCGUAGGUGGCGGCAGUAGUGGCGGUGGUGGUGGUGGAGGAUCAGGGGGUGGUAGCAGCAGCGGUGGUGGAGGAUCAGGGGGUGGUAGCAGCAGCGGUGGCAGAGGUGGAUCGAAUGACAACGGAAGGAGUAAAAGCGGCAGCCAAUCUACAUCAAUUAAUAGGAUGCCCCUCUUACUUAAUCUUAUCAUAUUUAGCUUAUUAUGCUUCUCUUCAAUAUAA